CUCUGCGCCGGCGGGGCUGCUACAGCCACCUUCUCUCCCUUCGUCCCCAGCACUUAAGGACCGACCGGAUACCUACCAGGAGGGUUCCCAGGUCGGCCUGUGGGGUGAGGAUCGAAGGGAGAAGUCGGAAAGCAGCCCGGUGACAUCCGGGCGCGGACCUAGGGACGCACCCCCCUGCAUCGUGCAGCCGCCUCCUCCCCUGCUGGAGACGAUUAUUUUAUGCUGCGCCAAUCAAGCACUUUGAAAAUGACUUGGAAACUUCUCUGGGUGCCCUUCCUGCUUGCUGCAUGGGCACUUCCAACAACAUCAUCUCUCCAUCCAGACCAGCCAAAGGUUCUGCUAGUUGCAUUUGAUGGAUUCCGUUGGGAUUACUUGUAUAAAGUUCCAACACCCCAUUUUCACUCUGUUAUGAAAUAUGGGGUUCAUGUGAAGCAAGUUACUAAUAUUUUUAUCACAAAGACAUACCCUAACUUCUACACGAUGGUAACUGGCCUCUUUGCAGAGAGUCAUGGGAUUGUUUCCAAUGACAUGUUUGAUCCUGUUCUGAACAAGUCUUUCUCCUUGGAUCACAUGGACAUUUACGAUUCUGAGUUUUGGGAAGCAGCAACACCAAUAUGGAUCACAAACCAAAGGGCAGGGCACAGCAGUGGUGCAGCAAUGUGGCCUGGGACAGACGUGAAAAUCCAUGGGACCUUUCCUACUCGCUACAUGCCUUACAACCAGUCCAUUCCAUUUGAAGAGAGAGUUGCCAAAAUUAUUGAGUGGUUUACAUCGAAAGAGCCUAUUAAUCUUGGUCUUCUUUACUGGGAAGACCCAGAUGACAUGGGUCACCAUUUGGGACCUGACAGUCCACUCAUGGGCACCGUCAUUUCAGAUAUUGACAACAAGCUAGGCUAUCUCAUUAAAAUGCUGAAAAAGGCAAAGCUGUGGGGGACUCUGAAUCUAAUCAUCACAAGUGACCAUGGGAUGACACAGUGCUCAGAGGAAAGGAUAAUCGAGCUUGACCAGUAUCUGGACAGAGACCACUAUGUCCUGAUUGACCAAUCUCCAGUAGCAGCGAUCUUGCCAAAAGAAGGUGAAUUCGAUGAAGUCUAUGAAACUCUAGCUCAUGCGCAUCCUAACCUGACUGUGUACAAGAGAGAGGAGAUUCCGGAGAGGUGGCAUUACAGAUACAACCGUCGGAUUCAGCCCAUCAUAGCAGUGGCGGACCAAGGGUGGCAUGUGGUACAGAAUAAGUCAGAGGACUUCAUGCUAGGCAACCACGGUUACGAUAAUGCUUUGCCGGAAAUGCAUCCAAUAUUUUUAGCCCAAGGGCCUGCCUUCAGAAAGAAUUUCACAAAAGAAUCCAUGAACUCCACAGAUCUGUACCCUUUGUUGUGCCACCUCCUCGAUAUCACCGCCACGCCACACAAUGGAUCGUUCCAGAAGGUCCAGGACUUGCUCCGUUCAGCAGCUCCCAGAACAACUCCUGAUGGGAAGAGCACCACACCCCUCCAUGGUAGGACCAAGCCCAAAGAAUAUGAGCAAGAGGAGUCAUAUGCUUAUUUCAUAGGGGUCUCUCUGGGUAGCAUCCUCGUUAUCAUCUUCUUUGUAAUUUUCAUUAAGCAUUUAGUGCGCAGUCAAAUGCCCGACGUAGGAGCAGUGCAUCCUGAAAUAGUUCAGCCGUUACUGCAUGCCUAAUGCUGCUUUGAAGUGCGGAGUUCGCAGUUCUGUCAGUGUUCAGAGAGUUCGAAAUCUAGGAAACCUCUCUCAGACAUUUGCACAAACGAUCAAGCAGUGCUGUACAUCACAAACCACAACCAGUGUCUUUCGCCUUGUUUCCCUCUUGCACACACACACACACACACACACACACACACACACACACAAAGAGAACAAAAUACAAGUAUGGAUACUUGCAAAGGACUGAAGAUAUGAAAGUGUAUCUCCAUUGUUGUUUCUAGCUUAGGGGUAGAUAGCAUCCUGCUUCCUUUGGGCCUGGCGCAUGUAAUGUAAUGCACAGCAAGUUUGCACUCUUCAAAGCAUCUUAUACAUUGCACUUUAAAUGACUCUCUAUUGAGCGCUUCUUUUUGAAAUGCACUUUAUGGGCCAUUCUGUCUGACCAUUUACUUGGAAAGGAUAACCCGUGUUACAGGAAGACGUGUUAUUGCUCGUUCAAACUGAACGUGAUAUUCCGGAACGAUGUAGAAUUGGCUCUCCUCAUACGGGGAAGGCAAGCAGAAAGUGAAAACUGGAGAAUGAAAUCGGACAACGUCAGCAAUGGGGUUUUUGGAGAAAGGCCUCCCUAACAGCAUCUUGGGUGUUUCUUGUCAUAUUUUCCCAAAGGACAUCGUAUACAUUGUAUGUAUCGCACAAGUGAUUGAUCCUAACAGUAAUUAUUUCUAUCAUAAAAUGAUCGCUAUUUCCUGCACUCUGGUUUCUAUAAGCAUGGGGGCACCAUGCAUAGACAUUUUUUCCCUGUGUAGUCCAACAUUAGCCUGGAUAGAAGUAAAGAGAUUGGGUAUCGCCUCA